GGGAGCUUGCAGCACAGAUCUCUGUUUGCAGCAUCCCUGGAGCAGCUUCUGCUAUGUGAAACACAAGAAAGGGCUGGACAGGGGGGAGUAAAUCCUAGGAGGCAAGCGGAAGAACAGCAAGGGGAUCUGUCGGAGGCUGCUGGGGAUAGGGUUACCGGUUGUGCAGAGUCCAUCCACAGAGAAAAUGGCUGUGUUUUCCAUGUAAACAGCCUGUGUAGCGCCUGUAUUGCUACGGGGAGAAGCAGAGGAGGAGGGGUAGAAAGAGGGGGAAACGUUCCCUCUUCCAAUGAAAAUUUCCCUUCCCUAGCUAGUCCCCCGCUGCAACUCCCCUUUGAACUCUACAUGUUAUAUGUUAAGGUUUAGCUCCUGGGAUUACAUGGCCAGAGCCUGUCCAACGCUUCAGCAGAUGCCAUGCCAGAGGGAGGACACCUGCGUCGACCAUGAGACACGCUGGAGACUGAGAGGCACACAAACAUCCAUUUAGACGUUCAAAAUACACUCAUCAGUUGGAACUGCUACACACGACCAUGGCUUUGACUACAGCUAAGACAACUGCGAGCUUUCUCUCCACAACUGCCACAACUGCCACCACAAUCCCUUUCCUCUCAACAAGCACAACCGCCAGGGACAAUAUCACCUCCAGAACAACACUAAUGACUGUUACCAUCACAACAAAUGAGACCAGUUUCAAUGCCACCAAGUUUCCAGAGGUGGUAGUCGAGGGCUCAGGGAUGGGAAUGGUGCUGCUACCCUUCGGCAUCAUCACGGUUAUUGGCCUGGCAGUUGCAAUUAUGCUGUACAUUCGGAAACGGAAGCGGUUGGAGAAGCUGAGGCACCAGCUCAUGCCCAUGUACAACUUUGACCCGGCGGAAGAACAGGAUGACCUGCUGGAACAGGAACUGCUGGACCACGGCCGGGAUGGCAGCCUCACGGGCCCCAACGCCAAGACUCUCACAACCUCCCAGGGGACGACGCAGAGGCCCAGUCGUCUGGUCUUCACAGAUGUAGCCAAUGCUCUCAAUGCUUAACAACACUCCACCAGUCAUAGCUGAGUUGAGCUUGUGGGGUCUACUGUCCUCAUCAUGAAGAUAUGUCGCUCAGGAAGAAAAUUAAAAAAAAAAAAAAAAAAAAAAAAAAAAAAAAGGGAAAACUGGAGUGUUUGGGAACAACUGGAGCUUUGGUGAAUGUUUUUUGGGGUGGGGCAAGCUGUGAGGCACUCUGAUAACUGGUGUUUUAAUCAUAUGUGCUCCCGACAAUUUUCAUAUUUUCACAUCCACUUCCGUUUGUACAUGUUUCUUCAAUGUUUAAUAAUGGAAUUUCACGAGGGAACAUCAUGGAUGAUCUUGCACUGUUUAUCAUUUGGUGCACAAAAGCGAUACAAUGCACAUUUCUUUUAAUCACAUUGGUGUCAUUGCUGUUACAAGGUCUGGUAGCUUGCCAAGUUCCUCUGAACUUUGAUAUCUACUUCAGUGUUUGAUAAGAAGGUAGUGUAAAUUGAGUUGUAUUUUAUUGCUUUUGUGGUCUUAAGACUAUGGCAAGAUUAAACACUGGACGUGUUACCACUCCCAUCCUAAAGUGAACAGUCACCCUUCAGUUCAUUUUGUUUCUUCUUUACUGAGUAAUGCAGGAGUGCUUCUUUCAGUACUACAUUAAACAUAUUCAAACCAUU